AAUAUAAGCCCCACAACGAAACAAUAUUCAUAUUUCCCCCUGCAAAUAUUCCUGUUUAUUUAUGUUGAAUUAUGAAUACAAAUAAUAAUUAUUAUUAAUCAAACGAGUUAAUUAUUUUGUUAAUUGUAUUACUGAGCGUCGUAUGUUUAAUUUGUGAUGCUCAUAGCUUGUUACUAUACGUAUAUUAAAUAUAUAAACAGAAUUCUCAUUUCUAUAAAAAUCUAUAAAUAUUCUAGUUCGUCUCUAUUUUUGUCGAUUUGAGGUGGGGUUUCCUGUGAUUCGCCAGCAGGGGGCGCAGCUCCGUCUGUUUUCAAUGGUUUGGAUUGACAUAGAGGAAGUGAAACAUUCAUCCCAGGGAAAGACCUCAAGGCGUGGGCGAAGCGAGCCGCGUUUGUAGUUGUUUCUCCGCUUUUCACGAACAGUUCGUUAAAGGCUUUCACCGAGCUGAAGAUGGACAGAGUUUAGCGAGUCCUAUGUGGAGGACAAGAGGGCAACAGCUGUCCGGCUAACGUUACCCCCGCUAGCGGACUUCAUCUUCAUGAAUCGAGCCCUUGCUGUUAAACAGCACUGAAACACAACAACACAGAGAGACACGCACCAGCUGGAUCAUGAACGAUGAUGUGAUGUUAAAUGUACCGGUCAUCCGGCAGCUGUACCACUGGGAUUGUGGCUUGGCCUGUUCGAGAAUGGUACUAGAGUAUUUACAUCCAAUAAGUGAGGAGGAAUUUCAGAGAGCGUGCUUGGACUUAGAGUUUACAGAGAGCGUGUGGACUAUUGACCUGGCUUAUCUCAUGUGUAAGCUGGGGGUCAGACACUGCUUCUGCACACAGACGCUCGGCGUGGACAAGGGCUUCAGGAACCAGUCUUUCUACAAAAAGCAUUUUGAUACAGAAGAGGACCGGGUCAAUGAGCUGUUUCUGAAGGCUGAAAGCAAAGGAGUCCUGGUGAAAAAAUGCUCUGUUACGGUUCAGGAGAUCCAGAGCCACCUGGAGCAGGGUCACGUGGCCAUCGUGCUGGUCAAUGCAGUGGUGUUGGUGUGUGAGCUGUGCUCCACGCCUGUCAAAUACUGCUGUUUCCUCCCUGUGGGUCAGAAGUGCUUUUGCAGGAAGCCAGAUUACCAGGGCCACUUUGUGGUGGUGUGUGGAUUUAAUCGGAAAACUCGCAGCAUCUUCUACAACAACCCUGCCUACUCGGACCGUGUGUGCUGCACAAGCUUUAGUAAUUUCGAGGAGGCCAGAAGAAGCUACGGAACUGACGAAGAUAUCCUGUUCGUCUACAAAGACGGCUGAGUCUCGACUGCUUCUGAACCAACAAACUUUUGCAUCCACUGUGGUUGGCUGGGUAGCAUUUUUGCCAACAGGAACCAGUGCUGCUGGCCAAUAGCAGGUAGUAUGUGUCACCUCUGGCUAUGGUCUUCAUUAAAGCUAUAGCGUCGCACAAAGCAUUACUAUGGUGCUACAUUGGCCACAGAAUGAAAUCUUCACACAGUAAGGAAAGGGAAAUCUAUAUGUAACUCAUUGUUGUGAGGUGGACUUAUAUUUUUAUCUAGAGCUCAUAUGAUUUAUAUACAGUCUCUGCCACUGUAAGAGGUAGAGGAGGAGUGUACAUAAUGUUUUUCCGUUCAUGUCAAGAUAGAGAUUUGUGUUUGUUACAGAAAUCAUUGGGUUGUGUGUUUGUUUUUUAAUUUUAUUAUUUUUUUCUCUUGAAGGCCACUUAAUUGAUACGAUGAAAGGUUUUAAUUAUUGUAAAAGAGAGAAAAACUGUUUUUAAAAAAACUCAGGUAAGAUUUGAUUAAUCCAGCAUGUUAAAUUAUAUCCCACUGGCGGGAAAGAAAAGUGUCAUGGGUGCAAUAUGUGUAGAUUCACUUCUCUAGGGGUUUCCUCGGGAAUGAAAUCACGUGGACGUCUGUCAUAACCUCAUGUAGAAUAGCGAGAGAGCGUGUCUGGUGCUAUCAACUCGCUCAUAGCACUAAUACAGUAUUAGACCUGUUUCUGUGUAAUGUACUGUAUUACAUUGUUAAAUUCUCACGAUUAUAUUGUGUUGGCGUAAUUCAUAGUAACUACAAUUCCUCUGAGAGAGAACAGGAACACUAGGGUUAGUUUUACCGCCAGGUGUUGCGCACCGUUUGAAAAGGUCUGAACACAAGUAUUGUGAACACUCUGUUGUUUGCCAUCUUGUAAACGCACUACUAAGUGGCUCUAAUGGCUCAGUCGUCGAUGGUUUGUGACACAAUGGCUGACAAAUGAAAUGCUUGCACUAUGUUGUUCCACCAGCCAUAA